AUGUGGCGGCGUGUCUAUUUCCUGCUGAUCCUGGUGCGCAUCUACUUUGCACUAUCGCCGAGCUAUCUGCACCCGGACGAGAACUUCCAGGGCCCCGAGGUCAUUGCCGGGCGUGUCUUCUCCUACCCCGUCCACGAAACCUGGGAGUUCACCUCCGAGAACCCCAUCCGCAGCACGUUCCCGCUAUGGCUCGCAUACGGCUGGCCCAUGUACAUCUUGCGCUGGCUAUGGGAGGGCUUCGGAUAUGACGUCUCGCCGUCGGUCGUCUACUGGGCGCUGCGCGUACUCAUGUUGACGCUGAGUGUCGUGAUGGAGGACUGGGCUAUCCACGAGCUGGUCGCUUCGCCGCGCGCGCGUCGUGUUGCCGUCAUGCUCGUCGCAUCGUCGUAUGUGACCUGGACGUUCCAGACACAUACCUUCUCCAACAGCAUCGAGACGCUGCUGGUGCUCUGGAGCCUGGUCUUGAUCCAGAGGAUAACGGACGAUAAGAAGCGCUCUGGCAUCCUGGCCUCGUCCAUCCUCGGCUUCAUGGUCGUCGUAGGCAUCUUUAAUCGCAUCACCUUUCCAGCAUUCCUGCUUCUUCCUGCGACGACUUUGCUACCCCACUUCAAGCGCAAACCAUUCUCUUUGGCCUUCCUUGCAACGUUCGCUCUCUUCACAGCUUUCCUUGCUAUCUGCGUAGACACGGCGUUUUAUACCCCCGGCGAAUUUACCUUUUCCAAACUCAUCAGCGGCGCCGUCAUCACACCUUUCAAUAAUUUCCGUUACAACUCGGAUUCCGCGAACCUUGCUCAGCAUGGCAUACAUCCACGAUACCAACAUUUCCUCGUCAAUCUCCCUCAACUUCUCGGUCCGGCGGCACCGCUUCUGUUCUUUUUGCGCAGGGCGCACAUUUCUAUGAUUCUCCUUUCAGCUAUAUCUGGCGUCGCACUUCUCAGCAUCUUCCCACACCAAGAAGCACGAUUCUUACUUCCCGCCGUACCAUUAAUACUCUCCUCAAUACGCCUACCGACUCCGCGCAUUCGAAAGAGCUGGAUCGUUACUUGGGUAGUUUUCAACGUUGCCCUGGGUAUCCUGAUGGGCGUAUACCACCAGGGUGGCAUCGUCCCAGUUCAGAUGAACAUUGCCAAGACAAACGAGACAGUUUCUAAUGCGUUCUGGUGGAAGACGUACAGCGCGCCAACGUGGCUGCUGAACGGCAAGAACGAGGAGCUGAAGACCGUCGAUCUGAUGGGCUGUCCAGCCGAACAGAUGAUCGAAAAGGUUAAGGAAGCACUACCGCCUUGUCGGACACGAAAGCCACCAAAAGCCGACCGUGGCUCUGUGUACGUGGUAGCGCCACGAUCAGCACAUGCUUUGAUACCAUAUCAAAGCCCAAACAACUCAAAAGACGUCUCAUUAGAGGAAGUCUGGAGCUAUCGACAGCACCUGAACCUCGAUGACAUGGACUUUGCCGACGACGGCAUCUGGAAUACCAUCAGCCGUGUCGUCGGCGAUCGGGGCUUGGUGGUCUGGCGAGCAACCCGGAAUUGCUGGUCUACACCUGAAUGA